CACAUAUCUGUUCCAAUUCCAUACAAUUUUCAUCAAUAAUUCUUUUCUUUCCUCGUUCUUUACUCUUCUUAAAUCUAUGCAUAUUUAUAAUUAUAAAAUACAUACAUAUUUUUUUUCACUCUACUCAUCUCAAACUCGAAUCUAUCACAUAUCUGUUCCAAUUCCAUACAAUUUUCAUCAAUAAUUCUUUUCUUUCCUCGUUCUUUACUCUUCUUAAAUCUACGCACAUGCAUACAUCAUCCGAAUUUUGAUACGUGACACGAUCUCUCUUCGAUCAUUUUUAUUAUUUCGUCCCAUCCUAAUGUCCGAACCGUGCGGAACGCGAUUGUAUCACUGUUCGCCUGGAACCGGAAACCAAAGGAAGCGAAUCCACGCUCGGCCACGCUGCAUAGCGGAAAACCAAGCUCGGUUCACGCACGCGAGCCGCAUACCGAUCUCAACUUAAUUCAAGUGUCACGCGUCUGCGUUCGCGAACCCUUGCGUGGCCUCUCGUUUCUUCCUCCUUGAUUAACACUUCUGCUCUUUUCACGCUUAGAAUGUACUGUGCGCGCCGAUGGAACCGUUACCAGCCUUUUUCGAGACCAGUUCCUCGGCGACGCUCGGCCGCGAACCUUGAUCCACGCGAGGAAAAUCGACGAAUCGAAGGAACGAGCGCUCUGGACCGGUCUGGAUCGUUCAGUUUCGAUAUAACGACGCUCUCACGCGGACUAGUCGGAUUUUUUCCCCGGAUCAGUUGAUGAUGGCGAUCCUGUGAUCUGGUGCAGUGGUGACAUUUUUACUGGAAAUAGUGUUUCUCUAGUGUUCGGGAUACGUUCGAGAGGUUGAAGAGGAUCUUUCCAGAGAGAGAGAGAAAAGGAAAGAUAGCGAUUAUUCGAAGAGAGAGAUCUGGAAAAGGCAAAUAUGAAGAUCUUUUAUUGUUUUUUGGUGAUCGUGCUGUCUCGACAGACUCUUUGUGGAAUUCUAAGAAACCCACCUGCCUUCUCGAAGCCAGUUUACUCGGAUUCCUAUCUUCCUGCAGCUAUGCAAGUGAUAUUCCACGCUGUCGAGCAAUUGAAACUCCUCCAAUCAGAAGAGAUUAUACACAGCUCGACCAACACAGGAGAUCCCUCGACCUCGCCGAUCACCCUCCCGGAUCAAGAUCAACAAACAACCCCUCAAGAUGCUUCCACCUCGGUCACAAUAACUCAAGAGGAGUCGAACGCGGAGGAGGAAGAAUCCAAAGACUCGGAAGACUCGUCGAGAAACAAGGAGGAGCAAACAUCUCAACAAUGCCCGGGAAACAAACCGGAAGAGUCCAAGAUCGAGGAAGAAACGGAAGAAGCGAAGGUGGACGAGACAUCGACGGAGAAAGUGGAAGGGUCUAAAAUCGAAGACGCUUCCAAAGUUGAGGAGAUGUUAAGCGACAGUGUAGCGGAUGAAAAGGAACCGAGCGAAACAAAAAUGGACAAAAUGGAGGAAGGAACAUCGGGGAACGCGAAUGCGGAGGGCGCAACGGCGAAACCUGUGGAAUCGGCGGAAGAUCACACGGGAGUAGAAGAGUCGCCAGAGUUGAACGAGGAAACGCCAGAAACGAACUAUGCGACGCCGGAAACGAAUUACGAGAAACCGGAAGAGGUGCAUGCCGUGGAAGAAACGAAUCAAGAAGCGGACGAGGAAAAUCACGAAUGGAUUUCCUCGAUCGAUACGAGGGUGGAAGUGACGACAACAGCGUUGGCUAAUCCACCAGAUUCGGAUCGAGUAACGAUCAUUGGGAACGACGAGAAGAAGAAAGAGCCGACCAUCGACAGCGUGGUCCAAGGUGUCUACGAGAUCUUGAAACCUACCACGUCGAAAUUCGUCGAUGAAGAAUUGUUCGAGGAGCAUUCGAAGAGCAUCGUGGGAGUUUCGAUGGAGAAAAUGGAGAGGGCCGAGGAGGAGAGUGACGAGAAUAGGUUCACACGUCUAGGGGAGAAGGUGACCCAAGUUCCAAGGCCGAGUUUGACCAGCUACCUAAGACGUUCCAAAGUACCACCGAGUGCCACCCUUCAACAACUUGCAAAUCUUUACGACUCGUUGAGCAAGGAUGCUAGAAAACAGGGAUUUGGCAAAUAUACCGGAUAUUCCGACGAAGUUCUCAAUACUUUGGAAACUUCUGCCGAGGGUGGCAUAGGGCCACAGAUGAAGAAGAUUCUUUCCAAGGUGUUGGAACGAAACGAGUUGACGAGGGAAGACGCGAGAAUGAGGGCGUCACAGGCUGUUCGAGAUCUCGACAACCCUUCGAGCAUGCUCAACAAGGAUCUAAGAGCCGUGUUGCCUUUGCGUUACUCCCCGUAAUCCUAGAUAUUAGAUAUAAUCGAUUUCACACGCGUCCACGAUUAAUUCGAUACGUUGAUUUGGUUAAGGAUUUGUUAUCUUGAAGGGAAAAUUGAUAUUCCAGUAGCGUAGAGAUUUGAUCGAAUAAAGUGGAACGUCUGUGAUAAUAAUAAUAAUAUUGUUUUGAUUUGAAAAUUUUAAAUUAUGGAUUAUGGAUGGAAUUGGAAAUUGUUGAAAAUUUUAAAUAGAAUUAAGUAAUUAUUUGAAUUACCUGUUGAAAUUUAGAUUACACUUUCUUCAACGUUGAUUUCGAGCGUUGAUAAUAUACGGUGGAAAUAAAAUUAUUAUUUUCUUUCUGUAUAAUUAAUAAUUCAAUAAAACUUUUAUAC